CGCACUUUCUCCUGCUCUCCCUCCCUCUCGGCUCAGACUGCCGGACUCAGCGCUCUUCUCGCCGGCCGCCCUGGGAAUCGCCGGCUGCCACCGCCCAGCUCGCACCCGCUUGUCCCCCAGUGCUUGGGCACCUGUUGGAGGCGCAGAGACAGCCAGGGGUGCUGCAUGAGGGGCCGGAGGGGCGAUCGCAUGACCAUCAACAUCCAGGAGCACAUGGCCAUCAACGUGUGCCCGGGGCCCAUCCGGCCCAUCCGCCAGAUCUCUGACUACUUCCCCCGCCGGGGACCAGGACCUGAAGGGGGUGGCGGGGGCUUCGGAGAGGCCCCUGCUCAUCUGGGCCCCCUGGCCCUGGCACCCCCUGCAGCCCUCCUUGGGGCCACCACGCCCGAGGAUGGAGCUGAGGUGGACAGCUAUGACUCGGAUGAUACCACCGCCCUGGGCACGCUGGAGUUUGACCUUCUCUACGACCAGGCUUCCUGCACUCUGCACUGUAGUAUCCUCAGGGCCAAGGGCCUCAAGCCCAUGGAUUUCAAUGGCCUGGCCGACCCCUACGUCAAGCUGCACCUGCUGCCUGGAGCCUGCAAGGCCAAUAAGCUAAAAACUAAGACUCAGAGGAACACGCUGAAUCCCGUGUGGAAUGAGGACCUGACGUACAGCGGAAUCACAGAUGAUGACAUCACCCACAAGGUGCUCAGGAUCUCCGUCUGUGACGAAGACAAGCUGAGCCACAACGAGUUCAUCGGGGAGAUCCGUGUACCCCUCCGCCGCCUCAAGCCUUCACAGAAGAAGCAUUUUAACAUCUGCCUUGAGCGCCAGGUCCCGGUCUGUGCCGGGCUGCGGGGUACCACGGGAAGGGGGCCCUGGGGAGAUCAGGUUUCCAGAACUUUCUCUUUGCCCCCUCAGCUGGCUUCACCCUCUUCCAUGUCUGUGGCGCUGAGGGGCAUCUCCUGUUACCUGAAGGAGCUGGAGCAGGUGGAGCAGGGGCCUGGGCUGCUGGAAGAGCGUGGGCGCAUCCUGCUGAGCCUCAGCUAUAGUUCUCGGCGCCGCGGGUUGCUGGUGGGCAUCGUGCGCUGCGCCCACCUGGCUGCCAUGGACGUCAACGGCUACUCCGACCCCUACGUCAAGACGUACCUGAGGCCGGACGUGGAUAAGAAAUCUAAGCACAAAACAUGUGUGAAGAAGAAGACUCUAAACCCGGAAUUUAAUGAGGAGUUCUUCUACGAAAUGGAGCUCUCCACUCUGGCCAGCAAGACUCUGGAAGUCACAGUCUGGGACUAUGACAUUGGCAAAUCCAACGACUUCAUCGGUGGCGUGGCCCUGGGGCUGGGCGCCCGGAGAGAGGCCCGGAAGCACUGGAGCGACUGUCUGCAGCAGCCGGACGCAGCCCUGGAGCGCUGGCACACCUUGACCAGCCAGUUGCCCCCGGCAGCUGGAGCCCUGCCCUCAGCCUGAGCAGGACAGCGGCCACCCAGCACAGGGGCCCUCAGGGCCGGGCCCAGUCGGCAGCCUUCGCACGAGUGUGUUGCACGUUUACACGGGGUGGAGGCCCCACCCCGCACUACUUGUCUUGUUUUGUGAGAGUCUCCGUGGGUCUGUCUUCUUGUGAGGGACUGUGGAGAUCUAUAUUCACAUAUGCAAACUUCCUCCUGCCUGACUCGCUACAACAGACAAAUAUGCAAACCACCCAUCCAGAGCACACCUGCAGGGGGGAUCCCGCAGUGCCCCUGCCCCAAGGCCCCGGCUGCUGCUCCUCUCUCCUGCCUCUCCAGGCUGCCCGUCCCCCUCCCCUCC